GUUUUCCCACCCCCCCAAAAAUUCCCACACCGUCAAUAAUAAGGAAAACUCUAAAGUUAUUUUUAGCUUUUUUUUUAAAGUGAUGUUGGGAUAUUGUUGAGUCUUUGCAGGAAUCAUCUUAAGAACCCUAAUGGGCUUGAAAGAGUUCGAUGGCAUGAGUAAAGGGUGAACGAUAAACAACCAAAAAACGAACAACAACAACAACAACAACAACAAGGACAUAGAGUUGAAAAAACAGACCCUUGACAAGGCACCCUCACACUCUAAAACCAUGACCUCAAAAAAAGACCCUAGUAAGAUGCCCGACAUUCAUCUCGCCGUCGACGAAUACCCUCUCACAAGUACUUCAACACCCACCUCCUCGCUCUCGUCGCUGGACAACACCCCAGCACGAAGUAAACCCCUUCCAACCAAACUCUCCAAAACGUACGCAACGCACCUUGAUGCACUCUGCAGGGAUCCCAGUGUGUUGACAACGUCGCGGGUGGUAUCGACGAGGACGUUAUUGUGGUGGAGGCUUGGGGCGGCGUUUUGGACGGUGUUUAUUAUACCGUGGAGUUUGGCGAGAGGGGAGGCUCAGACUUAUUUGUUUUAUUUUACGCAUUUGACGUGGGUGGGGUUGGGUGUAUGGUUUUUGGUUUCGGCGUUCCAGACGUGGAGAUUCAAAAGAGAUGGAUCCAUGAACGCUUUUUUAAAGCAAUGCAAGUUUACGCAGUGGAUUACUUGGAAUCUCUAUGUGUUGCCUGCAACCUUUCAUUGGAUUGUCCCAAUUGUGUAUUGGGCGCUAUUAUCAGGAAGUCUCUUACGGACCGGUAAAGCCAUCGACUGGUGGACAAACGUCAAUGUCCACGCACUAGAUUUCGUCUUUAUCAUGGUGGAAUUUUAUUUGAACCGUGUACCCAUGUAUUAUUCGCAAUGGCCUCCUGUCAUUGGUUCCGGGUUAGCUUAUUUGGGGUACGCAUUCUUUCAGCAUGGUGUGUAUCAAGGGUACGAUAAAGCUGACUAUCCUGAUGGAUGGUGGGUUUAUUCCUUUCUGAAUACCUCCAAGGCGUCGGCGUGGGUAUACUACCUUGUUCUCCCCCUUGGAUUUGUCGGUGUGUUCUUGUUUGUUGUGUGGUUGCACAAGAUUCGGGAUCGUCGACGGGAACAGUGAUAACCUUUUUGUGUGUCAAAUUUUUUUUUUUUUUGGUAUGGGGGACAUCAUUUUGUAUUAUAAGCAAAAGCAAAAGAGUAGAUACAUUUUUUGGGGGGUUUGGGAGGGGAUAGGGUGAUAGAUGAUGGGCGAUAGAAUCCUCUUUUUUAUACUGCUGCUACUACACAAACACUAUACUCAUAUAAAACUGUGACUGCGACUGUGUCAAACAUGUUUUUGGGUAACAAAGUAAACAAAAAACUAUAAAACGCUGCAAUGUUCUAC